AUGACAGAAUUGUUCCUUGUUUUCAUAAUUGUAUUAACACAUUCACGUGGUAUAAAAACAACAACAGACCCAGAAGUUUGUAAUUGUGAACCCAUAGGUAAUAAUUCCAUUGUAGGAUAUGUCCAAGUAGAUGGAAAAAGUCUUUGUACUAAAUCAUCAAAUUUAAGUUAUGUUUUAUGUGUCUCAAAUGCUUAUUAUUUUAAAAACGAACGAUAUAUAUAUUCCUUACAUCUAAAUGGACAGUUUCUAAUAUAUUAUGAAACAACAUUAAUUUGGAUUCAAAUCACUCAUUUGUAUAUUCACACCAAUUCGGUAAUAAAUUGUGAUGUUGGAAUACAUUCAUGUGAGUUAUUUGUCAUUGAAGAAAAUGCCAUUAUAAAUCUUAACAGGUAUUUUUCUAUAGCUGGCAGUCUUCUAUUGACUAACCCUGUUAUAAACAAACCUCAACUACUCUUGUGGAAUUGUUUAUAUUUACAUUUAAAUUAUAACUUCCCAAAUCGUAUAAAUUUUGAAAUUGUUAAUCCAAAUGGAAAUACAUAUUGUUUUGAUGUUAUUUCUAUGAGUAAAUCAAGCGUCAUAGAUAUACAUAACAACACUGACCACAUUACGACGAGUAUGUUUCCUUUUCAAUUUAGUACGGGAACGGGUUAUUUAUUAUCUAAUAACAAGUUAAUCCGUUUUUGUCCAAUUAAUACACCUAUAAAUAAAAAGGUGGUCUGCACUCUAAAAUUGUUAAAUUAUUCAAAACAAUUUUAUCCUGGUUAUUCAAGUGAAGAUCCUUUUGAAUAUCCCCAUUGUCCUUGUGAUGAUAUUAAUACACUGUGUGAGUUACAUUUUGAUGAGAAAUUGUCAACAUAUUCAAUUGAAAACAACAAAUUGUAUUAUACCAAAUUAGUUAUUAAUAAUAACAUUACAAUAAUCAAUUUUAAUGGUGCUAAAGAAAUUGAUAUAAAUGAUGAUUGUAAUUUAAAUAUUUCGGGAGUUUUUAAUGGUACCAUUUUUAAAUUUACAUUUGGAACAUUUAUUGCUUAUCCUAAUAUGACAAAUUCAGUAAAUUCAGCGUCUUUAAUAUACAAUUCAAUUAAAAAUGAAUUAUCAUGUACUAACUUUAAUAUAUACUCUUUAAUUAUUACUGAUACCAAGAAUGUAAUAAUGAAUUGCCCAGGAUAUGUAAAUACAUUAACACUCAACAAUUCAACAUUCAUCACUUUUACUGAAAAUGUGCAAGAAGUUGGGACAAUGUUAAGUACUUCUAUUUUGAAUAGUGGUUUUCUGUAUUUUGAAAAUGAAAGUACUCUGAAUAAAGAAAUUCCAAAUUGUGUGUUGGCACGUGUUAGUUAUAACGACAUUGUUUGUUUAAAGUGUAACAAAGACACAAGACUAUCCAAAAAUGAAUGUAUAACAACUUCUAAUUGUGAAAUAUUCAAUAAAGACAAUGUUUGUGUUCAAUGCAAAAAGUAUUUUAAAAUCAAUGAAAAUCAUUUUUGUGUUAGUAUUGAUGAUAAUUGUGUGUAUGGAACAUAUAAAGAGUGCUUCCAAUGUAAAAUGGGAUAUACAUUAAAUAACAAUUCUUGUGAAACACCAGAAAACUGUUUGUUUGCAAAACAUAACAAAUGUUUGAAAUGCACCAGCGGCAAUACUUUUGAUAAUUGUAAAGCGUGUGACGAUCAAAAUUGUGAACUUUGUGAAAAUUUAAAAUGUAAAUUUUGCAAAGAAAAUUACGUUUUAAAUGAAGUUGGAAAGUGUGAAAUAAACAAUUUUUCGUAUUCAAAUGGAUUAAAUAUUAUUUCAUGUGAUAAACAAUAUUAUAUCCAAAAUUCAACUUGCAAAAGGUGUGCGUUAAAAUAUCAAAAUUGUAGUUUGUGUGACAUCAUAAGGCCAAUCAAUUGUAUAGCGAAUUAUUAUCUAUCUAAGAGUGGCGAAUGCAAACAAAUUAUAUGUAAUAAAAAUGAGACGAAAGACCAAAACGGUCAGUGUACUUUAACUCAAUCGAAUUGCAUUUAUUCUGUUAAUUCGAAAUGUGUUGAGUGUAAUACAAAUUUAAUUUUAGAUUAUAAUGGGAUUUGUGUUGUCAAUAAUGGGCCUUCUUCAUUGUUGAAUUGUCAAGAAAUUCACAAUUCUUCAUGUGUGAUGUGUAAAACUGGGUAUUAUUUAUCAAAUAAUAAAAGUUGUAUUCAUUGUGAUUCAAAAUGUGAAAGUUGUGUAACAAAUUCAACAUUUUGUAUAUCAUGUAAAAAUGGAUAUUAUUUGGGAAUUGAUCACAGUUGCAUUACAAAUUUGGAUUUAAUUAACAAAUGUGAUAAAACCACCACAGUCAUUAGUGGAUGUUAUAAGUGCAAAAAUAAUUAUUAUAGAAUUGGUCUUGAUUGUAAUAAAUGUUUGUCAAAUUGUUCUAAAUGUAAUAAUGAAUUCAAGUGCUUAGAAUGCAAUUCUACAAAUUAUAAAACAUCAAAUGGGGGUUGUUUACCACAAAGAUAUAUUGAAGGUUGUCUUGUUAAAGUAACACAUAAUGGCUGUUCAAUGUGUGCGGAUGGGUAUUAUACUGUAAAUACAAAUGAAUGUAAAAGGUGUGAUGAUAAUUGUAAUACUUGUGAUAUAAAUGGUAAUUCAUGCACUUCAUGUCAUAUUAAUGAAGUGUUAAAUCCAUAUAAAAAGUGUAUUUUGAAAUCGGAAAUUAAUAAAUGUAUACAAACAGACACUUUUAAAUGUGUAAAAUGUGUAUUUUGGUAUAUCCCAAGUGCAGAUGGGACUUUUUGUAUGAAGAAAAAUGUUUGGUGGGUAAUAUUAUUAAUAAUAUUUUUAUUAUUUAUUAUCUCAUUUAUAAUAAUAUGUAUUGUGGUGUAUGAAAUUCUUAAAAUUCUCCAAAGAAUACAUCAAAAAGAAUUGCACAAAAAGAAUACCGUUUUUAAUAUGAAAAAAUCGAAUGUCCACUUCUUUUCACUCCAAAAUGGCACGAUUGUAGUGAAUAGAAAAACCAUCGAAUUUAACUCAGAGAAGUGUGAAAUUCCAGUCUUAGUUGAAAGUAAAGAACUUUUAUGUAUUGGAAAUGUUUCAAAUAAAACAAUAAAAAUUCAAAUAUCAUCAAAACUUGGAGAAGAUGCUUAUUCUUUAAGAACGGAACCUAAAAUUAUUACAUUAAAGAAAAAUUUUGCUUGUGAAUUUUCAGUGUAUUUGACACCAUUGUACAGUACUACCAUUUCAAGCGAUGUGAUGAUAAUCUCAAAAAGUCUUUCGAAUAACAAACAAAGUACUUACGAUUUUAUAAUUAACGCAAAAACUGAAAUGACUUCGAGACUCGAUCCUACCGAAAUUUCAAUUGACAAGAAAAUAGGUGAAGGAUCUUUUGGGUUAGUUUAUCAAGGUACUUUCAGAAACAAUUUAGUUGCAAUUAAACAAAUGAAAGAAAGUAUCAAUGAAGCUGAAAAAAUGAAAGAUUUUGAAAGGGAGGUUUGUAUGUUAGACAAAUUUCGGAGUGAGUACAUUGUCCACUUCUAUGGAGCUGUAUUCAUCCCAAGUAAGAUCUGUAUGGUCACUGAAUUUGCUCAAUUCGGUAGUUUAAAUGAUUUGAUUAAUAAAAUGAAGUGGCACCAAAUAACAGAGAAAUUAAAAAUCAAAUUCAUGGUAGACGCAGCAAAAGGACUGUCGUAUUUGCACACUAAUGGAAUAUUACAUAGAGAUAUUAAACCAGAUAACAUUUUAAUAGUUUCAGUCGAAAGAAACGAUCAGGUAAACGCCAAAUUGACUGAUUUUGGAGCAUCAAGAAAUUUAAAUCAAUUGAUGACUAACAUGACAUUCACAAAAGGAGUUGGUACACCUAAAUAUAUGGCUCCUGAAGUUUUAAAAGGAGAGAAAUACACAACGAGUGCGGAUGUAUAUUCAUUUGCAAUAACUAUGUAUGAAUGCUUUGGGUGGGCAGACGCAUAUUCAAAAGAUGCAUUCAAAUUUCCAUGGAAAAUAGCCGAGUUUGUGACUGCUGGAAAACGCCUUGAAAGAAGAAAAAAUAUUAUAGAAGAACUUACCCGACUAAUAGAGCAGUGUUGGCAACAAACCUCAAAUGAGAGGCUUAAGAUAAAUCAGGUUGUUGAUGAACUUCAACUUAUUCUUUCGACUCGAUGA